GUAAAGAAAUACAAGUUUAUAAGGUUAUAGAUAAAAGUAGACAAAAAUGUAAACAAGAGUAUAUGAAUAUAGAGAGUUCAACAGGUAAUCUAAUUGUGCAUCUCAGAGAUGAACAUAGAAUUGUUUCAAUGAAUGAUUUAACAAAUUUAAAAAGG